CAAUCAUCGGUCGGUCGCUCCGAUUCAUUUUUGCUCUGUUCUGCCGUUCUUAGCUCGAUCUCGCUCUCCUCCUCCUCCUCCACUUCGCUUUCGCAGCGUCGCUUCUCGAAUCCUUGUUGGGUGCUUCGAAGAGGGAAGCGAGAGAGCAUGACGGUGUUCCACUUCUUCAACUGCGCGAUCCUCACGUUCGGCCCUCACGCCGUCUACUACUCCGCCACUCCCCUGUCUGAGUAUGAUACACUGGGAACCUCUGUCAAAGCUGCUCUUGUAUACCUUGGGACGGCUUUAGUUAAGCUGGUUUGCUUAGCAACUUUUCUCAAAGUAUCAGAAAAUGAGAGCUUUGAUCCUUACCAGGAAUUGCUGAAAGCUCUGAUUGGUUUUAUAGAUGUAGCAGGGCUCUACUUUGCUUUAACACAGCUGACUCAUAGGAAUAUUUCACAGAACCAUAAGUUCCAAGCCGUAGGCCUUGGAUGGGCUUUCGCCGAUUCUGUCUUACAUAGGCUGGCACCCCUUUGGGUUGGUGCCCGGGGAUUGGAGUUUACUUGGGAUUACAUCCUGCAAGGUCUCGAAGCCAAUGCUAACCUGGUUUUUAGCAUAUCCUUGGCUGCAUUGGGAUCAUUGAUGUGGCUCCGGAAGAACAAACCUAAGACUCUGAUCCCCAUAAUAUAUGCAUGUGCUGGGAUUGUAGCGACCAUGCCGUCUAUCACAAGCUAUUUGAGGCGAGGAUUGGGGUGGCACUUUCCUAAGGUUGUGGGAUUUGAAUUGUUCACCUCGUUGGCAAUGGCCUUCAUCAGUUGGCAACUUUUUUCUGCUUGUCAGAGACCCUCUGCAUGAAGGAGAGGAUGCAGAUUUUGAGCUAACUCGACAAUUGCCAAUGGCUUGUCCUCCAUCGAAGGCACGCGGCUCUGAUUUUGGUACUUCACGAUUAUUAUUGUAUUAUUUUUAGAAAUUCCAGCAGGUUGAGAUGGACGCAAUUUUUGACAUUUGUUAAAUCCGACAAGAUGUUCCUGCAUGUAGCAACAUUAAAACCGAAUUGAGGACUUAAUGAAAGAUUUUGUGAUCAUGGGGACAUGUUGGCUCUUCUAA